AUGGGCGAAUCCUCGCCUACGAUGGAUGCAGAGAAGCUCCAGCAUCCACCGCCAUCGACUGCAGCUUCACUCAUUGCAGGCAGCUUCGGCGGAGCAUGUCAAGUCAUCGUCGGUCAGCCACUCGACACGAUCAAGACAAGGGCCCAGACUUCCCCAAGAGGCAUGUUCAAGGGACCGCUCGAUAUCGCGACCCAGACCAUCCGCAAAGAGGGCGUGCUGGCUCUGUACAAAGGCAUGGCAUCGCCUCUGAUCGGCGUAGCGGGUGUCAACUCACUCUUGUUCGCCGCCUACGGCCAAGCAAAGCAUCUCGUCUCACCCUACCCUGAGCUCAGCCUGCCCCAGACCGCUCUGGCAGGCAGCAUGGCAGGCGCAGCCAAUGCACUCCUCGCAAGCCCUGUAGAGAUGUUCAAAAUCCGAAUGCAGGGACAGUAUGGUCAGCCCACGGACAAGAAGCUUUCCAAGGUACUUAGCGAGAUGUGGAAUACAUGGGGCUUUCGACGUGGCAUCAUGCGUGGCUUCUGGGUCACCGUCGUCAAAGAGAUACCUGCCUACGGUGGCUUCUACCUUGCAUACGAGUUCAGCAAGCGACAAUUCCAAAAGCGUCACGGUCCCAGCACAGAGCUGCCCGUAUGGGCAUUGCUCGCAAGCGGCGCGAGCGGGGGUGCACUCUACUGGACUCUCUGCUAUCCUCUAGACGUGGUCAAGAGCCGAGUUCAGCUUGCCGACAAACCACCCAACGGUGCCAACUACAUUGCGAACACCUUCAGCGAUCCCAAGCGCAGCCGUUACUUUUGUCGGGUUCGAGCUCGCCAUCAAGUUCAUGCGUGA